UUGAGAACACGGCCAUUUGUAUUUCUUGGAGAUGAUGGUAAGAACAGCUGUCAUGGAAAGCUUUAGUCUAUUCACUCUUCCCACUCUUCCCCCUGGCUUUGAUGGCUUCGAGCUCUUAUGUGCUCCGAUGGAAUUUAGCACUUGCCACUGCAGCCAAGUCAGCCAAGUGGAAGAGAGCCCUGUCCUUGAUGCAAGGGCUGAGAACAGAAGCUUUGCAGCCAGACGUGGUCACUUUCAAUACCCUUCUUCGUGCUUGCACACGUGCGAGUCGAUGGAAGCUUGGUUUGUUCAUGCUAGAUUCUAUGAGAGAGCAAGAGCUGAAAGCAGACGCAGUGACUUUCACGUCUCUGUUGGGCUUUCAAAAAGAUGCCGCCGCCUGGAUUCGCGCUGUGGCCAUCCUGCAUGCCAUGCAACUGGCACUGCUUCAACCUGAUGGGCAUGCUUUGAAUGCAGUCUUGGCAGAAUGCAUGGCAGCAGGCCAUUGGACCUUGGGCUUGAUCCUUUUGAAGCAGGUUCAGUCUGCUCAGUUGGCUUCGAGGAAACCAGAUAAGCAACAUGCUGUGGCUCUAAGUACUGUGAUGGCCGGAGCUGUGAGAGCAGGGCGUUGGGACGUUGCUUUGUCUCUUUUUGGAGCCUGCGAAGCUCUGGAUCGUGUCGAUGGUGUCCUUUUGUCUACGUGCAUGCGAGUUUGCCGCGCUGGACAUUUCUGGCAGUUGGGCUUGUUGUUGCUUCCUAGAGCCCAAGAUCCUGAUGCCGCAGUGUAUAAUGCCGCUAUUAGCAUGUGUGCAGAUGCAGGUCAAUGGCAGACGGCCUUGGGUCUGUUCGGAGAAGCUCAUCGCAACCAGCGCACGGACACCACGAGUUGCAACGCCGCCAUCACCGCCUGUGAUCGGGGCCGGGCUUGGCCACACGCGCUCUACACUUUUCACUUGGCUGUUGGGCUUCGAGAUUACAUCAGCUAUUGCGCCAUCUUCAGUGCUUGCCGGGGACAGUGGCCCCUGACUCUAGCUUUGCUGCGGAUGGCAGCCAGCGAGCAGAUUCAACCAGGCGAACGAGCCUGGAGCGCUUUGCUCACCUCCUGCAACUCACAAUGGGAGUUGGGCUUAGUGCUUGCCGAUGAAGGCCGUGAUGCGAAUUGGGACAUCAUUUGUCACAACACAGUGAUGCACAUGCUGUCAGCCGCUGGAAAAUGGAUGGAGGUGCUGCACUUGCUCAACACCUUGCGUGGUACCCAUCAGCCUGAUGCUGUGACCUUGGAUGCAGCUUGUUCGGCCUUCGAGGCAUCCGGUGCCUUCCGGCAGCUGCCCUUGGUCCAAGAAGCACUGCGGACGCGUGCGGUCGGUGAACUCGGAAGGAGAUGAGAUUUUCAAUCCAAGAAUCGGAGAGUCAAUGGAGUUUCUUCACAGUGUUUUUUUGUCGGGUUCUUUUGUGUGGUUUGAGGGGGUCCUUUUCAGCCAUCCAGCUGCUCCCAGGCUGCGCAUUGCACAUCCGAAUCUGAAGGCCCGGAUCUCUGGCCAUUGAAAGCUGGCUUGGGCCUUGCCGCCACUUGGGCUUCUGGGCGGUUGGAGAGGCCGUUGAAACUGCUGGCAGAUCCUUUCCUAGGAUGUGGUGGUUGGGGCAAAGCCUGAUUCCGACUCAGAAGUCUUCAAAUCUCAGAAUUUGGC